CUAAAAAAACAUGGGCUAUAUUAGAAUGCUUAUUUAUUGAACAUGCAUAACUGUUUGAAACAUGAAACUCUUAGUUUUCUCCUAAUUUGUUUGCGAAAUUUGAAUAUAAUUAUUGAAGAAGAAAACCGAAGACGCGAAAGGAAAGUUAUUUAUGUUGUCAUGACAACAGUAUGCAGUAUGGCAAAAUUGUUUACACCAGUUUCCGAAACGUCAAGACUUCUUAAAGUCACUCCUUUUUCUUAAAUAGAAAUUCGUUCUGUGUCAAAGAUUCAUAAAAUAUGAUAGAUUUAAGUUCUCCUGCUUCUGGUGCUCAAAUUGUUACAGCAACAUCAAAUGAUUCUAGAUUUCCAGCCCAAAGCAUGUUAGAUGGAAAAUUGGAUACAUUUUGGACCACAACAGGCCUUUAUCCUCAAGCUUUUGUACUGGCUUUAUCUGAACCAGCUGAUGUUAAAAAUAUUGUGAUAUACUCAUAUAACGUAAAAGAUCUGAAAAUUGAGAAAUCAAUGAAGGAUGAUCCAGUUGAAUUUGAAGAAGUCUUAGUAACUGGGUUUGAAUCUACUGAAGGAACCCCUCAGCAAAAAACAUUUUCACCAGCUCUUUGUGAAGCAAAAUAUUUAAAAUUCACUGUCAAAUCAGGCUAUGAUCACUUUUGUGCAAUUUUCAAAGUUUCUGUAAAUGGUGUAAGCAUUUCUCCCUGACAAAAGCUCCAAUGCAUAUUUAUUGUUAUUUUUAAUUAAUUUUAUAAAACGUUAUUUUGAAUAUGUUUGAAUUUUUCAUUCUACACUCUGUUUAAGCAGAAGAGUGCUACAAAUGAAGAUAAUUUCAAGCAAGAAAGUGGACAGUUGCAUAUAUGUAUGAUGGUUCAGGGGGAAAGGUUUUUUUCUUCCUUUACUAUCUGUAAUUUACUUUGUUUAAUUUAUCAAUAUUUUACAAUUAAAUAUAUUAAAUUGGAAAGAAAAAUGAAGUUCAAAAAUCAUGUUUCUAACCUGCAUUGUGCUGAAAUUUAUUUUAAGAGCUUUAAAGUAAAAUGCUAUUUAAGAUUGAAUAUCAGUAAAGACAAGUUAAAACUGUUCUUAAGAAAUUCCUUAAAAUAUUUUAAAUUAUUCAUACAAAAAUUGCUACAGUAAACUCUCGAUUAUCCACAAGUCAACGGAUCAAGAAAAUAUAUUUUUGUAGUAAGAAACAGAAACCAAUGACUGAUUUAUUCAAAAAUUUAUAAAUUUGAAGUUGUUUUAGUUUCAUUUUUUGUGCUUUCUUCAUUGUUUGUGUGUGUACACUAGCUCUUUCUUGAUGUUAAGUACAAUUGUGCAUAGAUUACAAAACAUUUUAAUGUACUGUGUAUAAUUAUUGUACCGUAUGUAAAGGGGUUUUUUUUAUUAUUAUUCUUAACAGUGACCAUACUUAGUAAUUUCUGCUGUGGGAAGGUAAAGCGCAAUAACUGCAAAUUUUUCUUUGUUUUUAUAUUUGUGUCAUCUAUUAUACUUUAGCUUUAUUGUACAAGCUUGCCUAUUUGAUAUCUGCUGAAAUUUGCAUUUCAAUGCAAAAUGUUUGAGACACGUGAAGAAUCUUCUUUUUUUGAAAUUGGAGAAGCGAAAGUA